AUGACCUCACUCUUAGCGUUCCCUCAUUUCACCCACAAGCUUGUGUUGCAAAAUACGAUGACACCAGAAGUUGAGCACGAUUUAUCCGAAACCCUCUUCCGCCCCGCGAAGAAACGCAAGUUUGCGCGACGACGUGCGGAUCAUGACGCCGAAGAUGCCGAUGCCGAUGCCGAUCCUGCGCUUGUCGCAAACAACCAGAAAGACAAUACCCCUUCAGCACCACCGUCAAGCAACCAGAUAAGACGUCCGCGCACUGCGCGCAAAGGCGGAAUCGGCUUCUCGGCCAAAUCACAACUCGGAGAGGAUCAUAGCCAGCAACUUGCCUUGCGAUCAACCGGAGACCUGGAGGAGGACAAGAUACGCGCCAUGCACGAGCGCUUUACCGGGUAUACUGGCCAGUCGGACGAUGUCGACAGACACAUGUACGGACCCCUUUAUGCAAUCCAAUCUCAACUGCGAGUGGCAUGGACUAACAAGAUAAGGAUGGCUUAUAUAGAUUCCGAAAUGGCUAAACGCUACCAGCCUCACGCACAAGCGCAAACACCCGAUUUCAACCAGUCACAACCAAAGGAUGUCGCUGUGGGACAGCCUUUCCAACCGCAGCAACAACGUGAACCUGCAUCUCUAGGGAGACUUCAUGAAAUUGAUCUCGGCCAGGAAGCAACCUUGCGGAAUAUUGCGCGCACAGAAGCGGCGACGCGCAGACUAGCUGGUGACGAGGAUGUGCCUGUUGGGGACAUUACUCCGGAGGCAGGUCGCUCCGGCCCAGGUGGCAAGUCAAGGCGCAAUCAUAAACAUCGGACCGAUGCCGAUAUUGAGCGAGAUCGUCUCGUGGAGGAGGUACUACGAGAAAGCAAACUGGAUGUUUAUGACGACUACGAGGAUGAUGCGCAGGUGGAUGACCCGCAAGCUGCUGAUGAUCGAGUUGCUGAGCAAUUCCGACGAGACUUUAUGGAUGCGAUGCAGUCUCGUCGUCGACUUCGCACUACCAAGCCAGCGGUGAAGGAUGAAGGUCCUAAGGGCCCAAAGCUGGGUGGCAGUCGGAGUGCGAGAGCCGCCAUGCGCGAAGCACAACCCGGCAAGAAAUAA